AUGGCAACAGCUGUUGCGAUAGGCGUAGGAGUCGCCGCUGCAGCUUUCUUCGGGCGCGCAGGACUGGUAGCUCUACGAAGAUAUCGAGGAGGAACGAGUGCGUUAGGAAAAGCAUACUACAAAGGCGGUUUCGAGAAACAGAUGAACAGGAGGGAAGCAGCGUUGAUUCUUGAGACAUCAGAACGAGGCGUAACGAAAGAGAUCAUCCGCAAGAAGCACCGACAAAUGAUGCUCCUAAACCACCCCGAUCGAGGAGGCAGCCCAUACCUAGCCACGAAAAUCAACGAGGCGAAAGAGUUCUUGGAGAAGGGAGCGCAAUGA